GCUUUGAUAAUCUCGAUAAAUCUUUUUUUGACGAAGCUCUUCUCGGGCGGGGGCGACGUUGUUUGCUCGGAGCUCGUCGGUCGAGUUUUUUUUUCUGUGUAGUGCUGUGAUUUGAAAGGGAGGUUUUGGAUUUGGAGAUGUCUUCACUUACUUCCGUCGAAUUGAAUUUUCUGGUUUUCCGAUAUCUUCAAGAAUCAGGGUUUACACACUCCGCGUUCACUCUAGGUUAUGAGGCAGGGAUAAAUAAAUCCAACAUUGAUGGGAACAUGGUUCCACCUGGUGCUCUUAUCAAAUUUGUUCAAAAAGGACUCCAGUACAUGGAGAUGGAAGCUAAUUUGAGCAAUAGUGAAGCGGACAUUGAUGAGGAUUUCUCAUUCUUUCAACCCUUGGAUCUGAUUUCAAAGGAUGUUAAGGAAUUGCAGGAUAUGCUGAGGGAAAAGAAGAGGAAAGAGAGGGAUAGGGAGAAGGAAAGAGACAGAUCUUUUAUUUGUACAGGUGCAGAACCUAUGGAUAUCUCGAUGACUCCUACAUCUCAGACAAAUCACAUUCCUAGUUCUGAUGUGAGGAUUUUGGAAGGGCAUACUUCCGAGGUUUGCGCUUGUGCAUGGAGUCCCUCGGCUUCACUUCUUGCAUCAGGGUCUGGUGAUGCAACAGCGCGUAUCUGGAGUAUUCCGGAAGGAUCAUUCAAAUCUGUGCAUACUAGUAGCAGUAGUAUCAGCGCUUUGAUUCUGAAGCAUGCAAAAGGCAAGUCAAAUGAGAAGAGCAAGGAUGUGACCACUCUUGACUGGAAUGGUGAAGGGUCUUUACUUGCAACUGGUUCAUGUGAUGGCCAAGCAAGAAUCUGGACUGCAAAUGGUGAUUUGAUAAGUACUUUGAGCAAACACAAGGGCCCUAUAUUUUCCCUGAAGUGGAACAAGAAGGGAGACUAUCUUCUAACCGGUAGUGUUGAUAGAACCGCUGUUGUUUGGGAUGUAAAGGCAGAGGAGUGGAAGCAACAAUUUGAAUUUCAUUCAGGUCCUACACUUGAUGUUGAUUGGCGCAACAAUGUAUCUUUCGCAACAAGCUCCACGGAUACCAUGAUCUACUUAUGUAAGAUUGGAGAAACUAGGCCUGUCAGAGUCUUUGCCGGGCAUCAGGGCGAGGUUAAUUGCGUGAAAUGGGAUCCUACUGGUUCAUUAUUGGCUUCAUGCUCAGACGAUAGUACUGCUAAGAUAUGGAGUAUAAAACAAAACACUUUUGUUCAUGACCUCCAAGAGCAUACUAAGGAAAUUUAUACAGUCAGAUGGUGUCCUUCAGGACCAGGAACUAACAAUCCUAACAAACAGCUAACUAUUGCAAGUGCAUCAUUUGACUCAACAGUAAAGCUAUGGGAUGCAGAACUCGGGAAGAUGCUAUGUAGUUUCAACGGGCACGGGGGACCGGUUUACUCACUGGCGUUUAGUCCAAACGGGGAGUACAUAGCAAGUGGGUCGUUGGACAAAUCGAUCCUCGUAUGGUCGAUAAAAGAAGGGAAAAUAGUGAAGACAUAUACAGGAUAUGGAGGCAUAUUCGAAGUGUGCUGGAACAAAGAAGGUAACAAAAUCGCAGCUUGCUUUGCUGAUAACUCGGUCAUCGUUCUUGAUUUCAGAAUGUAGUUGUCUUAACUAUAGUCCUAAUAACACUCUCAGACCAAGGAGGCUUUUCCAUUCUGUUGUUGCACAUAUUGGUAUUAUAAACACUAAAUGCGAAUGACGAAGAAGGUGAAAUUUGUACUUGAGAUUAA